GUUUUCUCCCAAAAUGUUUGAUGUUUCCUCAUGUUUGAUCCUUACAGGAUUCCUGUAGCCAAGUGAAUGUUACACCCGUGAAAAGACCAAACCCACUGGCUCGGAUAUGGAAAAAGAGAAAAACCAAGAAAUCGGUGAAGUUUGCAGAUUCUCUCAAAUCUGUAACUCCCAUUGAGAUUGUGAAUUCUGAGAGUGAAGAAGAGGAAAGGGAGACGAGAUCGGAAGAAGAGAAGAGAAGUCCUUCUAAUGACUCGGGAAUCAAUGUAUCGAUUGGUCAAGAGAAAGAAAUCUCUCCAGUAAAGCUUGAAAUAGCAGAACAGUCCCAAAAGGAGACAGAAGUGGAGCUGAGUGAAGGUACAAUAUCUUAGACACAAUCUUUUAUUCUCUCUCUAGCCCAAGAUCAAGUUUUAUAUUUGUAACCACAUCUGUGCAUGUUCAAGGCUCUAUCAAUAUACAAUACCUAUAUAUGUGUCUGCCUGCAGGCCUACCCCAUCUUUGGGGACACCAACAUUCAGUCAUAUGAUUUUGUUUGAAUUUUUCAGAUGUUCCUGAAAGUGUUUCUGCUGUUCCUUCAGCAACUGAAAGUGAAGAGAUUCCCUCAAAUGCCAAUGAGGAAGAUGAAAAGUCGCCUCCUGCUCUUAUUGAGAGGCCUUCUGAUGGUCCUCCUGAUGUUCCUUCUGAUGUUCCUUCUGAUGUUCCCUCUGCUGUAAGUACAGCGCAUUGAUCCUUCUAACAAGUCCAUUGGCUCAAAUAGAAAAUAUUUAUUUUGUUUGUAACAAAUGUUAUCCCAUUGUUUCACUUAUUAUACCCCACGUCUUAUAGUUUCCAUCUUGAUUCUACUGAUUUGCUUUUUAUUCACAUUGGUUUUAUUAUAUUUUGUUGAAGGGAUAUUUAUCUGGAACAGUGUAAUUAUUAGGCCCGGGAUCACAAUUUUCCCUAAAUUAAUGACUGAUAUUAUGGUUUAUAUUUCUAGGAGGCUGAAUUUAGACCUGACGAUAGUAGUGCCGUCCCUCAAGCAGCAGACAAUGAAAAGCCCGUAGAGGAACGUUCAUGUGUGGAACACAAUAAUGAAGAAAAUGUGGAGAUAAAAGCUGAGAAGUCUUCAGGUAGAACAUCUGAGGGGUGACAGUCUGGCCUUGGGGGUACAAUAUACAAGUUUUCAUUCCCAACAAUGUUUCUGAGUUCUGAUUGCUUUAUUUUGAAUUCUGCAGCUGAUCCAAACCCACCAAACAGGCCUCUAAGUGUCCCUGAUAGACUUGCAGCCAGUGGUCCUAUAGUGACAUCUCAGGGGCAGAAAGAACAUGAGGCAGAAUGUGAAGAAAUAUCAAAAGGAAUUCUCCAAAGUGUUCCUGCUCCCAGCCCAAGUAGCUCAUGGCAGCCUAUAGACUGUACAAGUGAUGAGCAGCCAUCUCGCGUUUCUAUUAGCCAUUUCCAACUAAGUGCUGUGCUGGGCCAAGGAGGUUUUGGAAAAGUGUAUCUGGGAAAAUACAAAGCAACAGGCAAACUGUUUGCCAUCAAGACCUUAAAAAAGCGAGAAAUGACUUCCUCAAUUAAAUUGAACAGUGCUCUGAUGGAGAAGGAGAUUCUUCUUUUGGCCAAACAAGAGCAACAUCCGUUCCUCACUGGAUUGUUUGCCUCGUUCCAAACAGAGCAUCACGUUUGCCUCGCCAUGGAUUUAGCGGCUGGAGGCGAUUUAACAAAAGUCAUUGAUCAUCCGGAAUUCAACUAUAAAGCAGCAAUAUUUUACUCUUCGUGCAUUGUUCUGGGCUUGGAAUUCCUCCAUGAACACAACGUCAUUCAUAGAGAUUUAAAGCUUGACAAUGUCCUCUUGGAUGCAUCCGGAUAUAUAAAAAUCACAGACUUUGGCCUUUGCAAAAAAGGAAUGGGCGUUGGAGUCUUAACCACAAGCCCUGCUGGAACUCCUUAUUAUACUGCUCCAGAGAUAUUGAAACGGGAGCCCUAUGGAAGAGCAGUAGACUGGUGGUCUGUAGGAGUGAUGCUUUAUUACAUGGUGCUUCACAGGUUCCCCUUUAACGGACUGAACAUGGAGCAUCUGUUUGAAUUUAUCAAGUAUUCGAGGGCGAUUUUUCCACCGAAAGUCCCUGCUGAUUUCUCAUCCACAACAAAAGGACUUUUGGCCAAAUUCCCUGAGAAUCGCCUGGGAUUCAACGGAGCUGAAGAAGUGAAGCAAAGCCCGUUGUUCUGUAAAAUCAAUUUUGAUGGCCUCUUGAAUAAAAAAGUGACACCACCAAUCAUCCCAGCUGUCCAAAGCUCAAGCGAUAAUGACACAAACCUAAUGGUAACUCUGUAUGGGCGUAAAGCAGUUAUACCAGACUCCGUCAGUGAAGCCCUCCAGAACUUUGAUUAUUAUGUUGGCUGAAUGUGAGAAGAGACACUUGAAUAUUAAAGAAAUGCCACCCGCCCCUCAACCAGGAAUGAAGCAGCCGGCUAAAGGAAGCCUGGCAAACCAGGGACAGCAACUCCCGCAACUGUGUAUCCUAUUUGCAAUACGUCACAGAACGACUCUUCAUAGCGGUGACAUGUCCAUGGAACUUCCAACUCAAACUUCCACUGCAGCCCCAAUUGGUGCUUCCUAACCAUUAAAAUACUUUUACAAUAAACUAACUGAACUACU